AGGCAAAGCUCAGCAAGUUCUUCUUUCAUGUUGACACGCACGAAAACGCGCUAUUACAACCCGAGGGAGACCAAGGAGCGCAAAGAGCUCCGCAAGAAGUUAUACGAGGAAAACGACGACAAUGACGAGCUUCUCACAAAUGAUUUGGACUUGGUCUUCAAUGUUCCCGUGAUCAAGAACCACGGUGAAAUUUAUCGCACACAGCGCACCGAGUCCAUGCCAGACAUGAUUCUUUCACGGAACGACAUCGUGACCACUGACGACAACAAGUACCCAUACAAGCCCACAGAGUCCAUGAAACCUUGUCCUCUUCCAGGGAAACUUUCUCGGUCCAAUUUGACCCUAGACAGAAUCCCAACAGCGAUUCCAGAGCUGCGCCCGUUGAACAUGAAUAACAAUAUUGAGGAGUCCGAUGAAAGUGCCCAUACCUCAUUUGCCAGCACCGAAAAUGACAGUGCAAUCUGCCACAACAUUUCAGAGUUCUAUACUCAGCGUUCCUUGUCGUAUUCGGCGAUAGCAAGAGCGUCAAGGGACCAGCAACUCGUGGACAAAUUGCCAAACUUUGUGAAAACCCACGGCUCUGUUGAAGAUAUAAGCUUGAUCUCUCCAGAGAAACUCGAAGUGGUGGAUCAAUCUCGUCCUAUUAAUCUUCCUCCGAAGAAGCCGACAGAUAAGAGUAAACACCAUAGAGAGUUGCAUCGGGUGAUAACUGAUUUCGAAGCGAGCACAAAGGCCGUGAAUACCAUGCGCAAGAAUCUCGGGUUACUGGCUGUGGCUAACCAGCAAAGCUGGCUCAAAUUGAUGAUGGCAAGCGAGGAGAAGGACUUUGGAAGAAAAUUAAACAGUGAACGUGAGAAAUUACGCAAGUUAAACUGGGAAACUCUCGUUUCAAGCAGGUUCAGAUUCGACUAUUACAUGAAAGUCCUUUUGGUUGACUCGGAGAAAAGCUUCACUGAUUCCGUGGAGACAAGUUUCUUUUCUGCGGAACGAAAAGUGAACAGUCUCUCGCCUCAAAUGAAAUCCACCAAGGAAGCAGAAUUCAAUAAUAUCAUAGAGGAAGUCCUACAAAGACCUCUUUUCAAAAACUACAUGGUUGACAUGGCCACAACCAGAGGUGCCGACUUUGAUCAACGUCAGUUCCAUGACAAUUAUAAACGUUUGUUGUAUUUGAAAUCCUUUUCAGAUGGCGGACUCCGAAAGCAUCACUGCAUCUUCGUCAUCCCCACGUUUUUGAUACUAUUCCAAAGCACUGAGUCGUUUCUGAACAUUUGGAAGCUCAUAGAAUUGUUUGACCAUGAGGUUUUCAGCGAGGAGAUUUUCUCCUCUCUCAACAGGAAACUUUCCUGUUGGAGUGGCCUUUCCAAGAUGCUGCAAUCAAGCCCAGUGUACAAGAUAUUGAAGAAGUUCAGUAGCUUGCAAGAGUUCGAACAUCUCAGCACGACAUCUCUUUUUGAGCUAAUGAUUCAGCUCAAUGACAGGCUUCCUUUGAGUUUGAGCGCGCCAUCUACCCCAAUUGUUGCACAAAGCCCCUUCGAAUCGCUUGCGAAAGCCUCGUCAGAACCUGAGGAGCGUUCGAAAAACCGCUCGGUUAAUUCUUUGGAGAAUUCGUCCGACUGGGACUCCGAGUCUGUCUACUCUUCUUCUUCGUUGAGCUUGGUAGGCAUCUUCCUUCAAUUGCUAGUGAUAUUUUCACGCUCUAAGAAUAAGAAACAAAAAGUUGUGAACUUAUUCCAAAGCUUCUUGCUUACCGUCUUUCAAUAUUACCACGUCAACUGGAACAGUUGUGGAGAGCUCGUGAAGGACAACAAGUCCAUCAAACUCAAUAAUUCAAGCGACCAGUUGAUGAACCUAGAGUCUUUCCUUACUAAGUGGAAGGACAUUUUU